AUGGUUGUCCUCAAAUCCCUUAAUAAUUCAAGUAAUAUUACCUUAGAUUUUUUAAGAGAGAUCGCUAAUACUAAGUUGCUUGAUUCCGGUGCGAAUACUGUUAAUAAUACUGUUGUUCACUGCUACGGCAUCUCCCAAGAUCCCACCACUAAAAACUAUGUGAUGGUCAUGAAAUAUAUGGAAGGAGAACUCAGAAAUAAAGAAACUACUCAAUUUACUCAACAAAUCCAAGAAGCAGAUGAAUAUAAUCUUUGUCCAGUAUUAACUAAACUUUAUCAGCAAUACCGAGAAAAAGAAAGAGAAUUUAGAAAAUUAUUAUUCCCUAAUCCUCAAUAUGAAAUUCAUCCUCAAAACACUUACACUAGCAAAAUGAUAGAUACUAAACAAAUUACUGAAAAAAUAGAAGAAUAUAAGACUAAACAAUUUGACUUAACUCUUGGUCUUGCUCAAACUAAUAUUUCCGAAAUUAAUCAAGAACAGUCUUCUACUCAAGCCCAAAUAGAAAUACCUCCUAAAUAA